ACUAAUAGUGGGCCCAGAACUCAUCAAAGUGUGACAACUCAUGGCUCUGAGUCCACCUUGGGUCCAUCCUGGGUGCAGCCCUGGCUGGGCUCUUGUGCUGCCCAAGGUGUGUCCUUUGAGGCCUUUUGAUAAAUCCCUGCUUUAUUCUUUCCCCCUGCCCAGCCUCUCCAGGCAGCAGCAGGGUGAGCUCCUCUCUGGGGGUUCUGCUGUGUGCAGGAAGGGAGGCUGCCCUGGGCUGGCCAGUUCCUCCAGCUACUCCCCAUGGGCGUGCUGGGAUGAUGGAUAGCUCAGCAUCUUUGUUCUUUGUUUUCCUCCUGACACUGGCAGAGCUUAAAUCAGGCAGAGAGGGCCUGACAGGUCUCCAGUUACACAAACAAGUGGUGCAGAGACAGGAGUGUGUCGGUGCUGCUCCUGGCAGGGUCUCUCUGGGAGUCAGGGCUGGGAGAGGGGGUGAGGCUUGGAGGUAUUGCAGGAAUGGGGAUGUGACUGCAGGGCUUGGGAUGCUGUCCAGGAACAGCCUCAUGAGGAGCUUAUCACCCUGUGCCCUUUGGGAUGGAUCCUGGCUAAAUAUACUGUGUGUUGUCAGACGCCUCACUAAAAGAAAAUAGAAGCUGUUGGCUUACCUUUGUGCUCCUGCUGCUGCUUUCUCUUAAAAUAAUAACUCUCAGGGCGAUAUUAAUUUGUUCCAGCUUCCAUGGAGCAAUCCCCCGUCUCCCCAAACCUCAACAGGAAUAAAUACGACUGUGGAGGUGCAGCUUCAGCAGGGGAGGAGAUCUCCAGUUGCACGUUAAUGUCAGGUUCUCAGCAGCAGCAUGGAAUCGAGAGGAGCCCAAGCUGUGCUGUGGAAGGUGCUGCUCCUGUACACCCCCAGGAGCAGCUCUGGUCUGCUGGUUGCGUUCCUGGCUUGCCCAAGUGUCGGAAUCUAGAUCAUCGACGACCUCACGAGCCUGGUGGAGAACACGGACGAGCGGCUGCGCAGCCAGACCCGGCACGUGAGGACGGUGGAGAAGAAAUCGGCGUCCUGCGGGAUGCUGGUGGUGAUCGUGCUGCUGCUCAUCGCCAUCGCCGUGGUCGCGCUCUGGCCCACGGGAUAACCCCGACCCCGCUGGAGCUGCUGUGCCUGGGGAGCUCCAGGGCUCGGGAGGGACCUGCUGAGGGCAGGGAACGAACCCCAUCCAUCGCUGGGAAUGACUCCACAGCUGGGAAUGAACUGCAUCCAUCGCUGGGAAUGACUCCACAGCUGGAAACGAACUGCAUCCAUCGUUGGGAUUGAACUCCACAGAUGGGAAUGAACUCUACACCUGGGAAUAAACCCCAUCCAUUGCUGGGAAUAAACUCCACAGCUGGGAAUGAACUCCAUCCAUCGUUGGGAAUGAACCCCACAGCUGGAAUAAUCUCCACUGCAGCAGAGUGAAGCAGCACCCACCAGACAUCCCCCAGGGUAGUUAUUGCUGGGUUACCGAUCCCCAGGGGUAGUGAUUGGUGGGUUAUUGAUCCCCAGGGGUACUUUUUGGUGGGUUAUUGAUCUCCAGGGAUGGGAGCUGGACUCAGCCCAGCCUGUGAGAGUGGAGAGCUUUGCCCUCGUGUGCUCCCCAGGGGCUCUGCCAGCCUGGCCUCGGGAGAUGCACCAGAAUUAACGUCCUCACUGAGCUCUGGCUCUCCCUUUGACAGCUCCUCACACCCUUCUACAGCUGAGAAGAGGGACUGUCUAUUUAAAAACUAAUGAAAAAGAAGUAUUAAAUGUUUGCUUCUGGCCAAGAGAAUAAUUAUUUUGUUACACAUGUCAGUUUGAUUUCAGGAUUAAUCGAGCAAGCAAUAAAUACUGAUUAAAGCGGAUCCAUUUA